GGCCUCGGCCUGGACAACCUGGGCGGCCUGCAGCAAAGCAAGGCUGGAACUGGGCCCCUGGGAGGAGCGGUGCAAGGCAAUGGCCGGUGGCGGGACUCGAACCCGUGCAGCCUGGUGGAGGUUCCGGGCCCCUUGAAGUGCAGCCCGGCAAGAAGGACCUGAGCUCCUGCACCCGGAGGCGCAGGCCAGACAUGCAGCCGCCACGUCUGCGUCUGCGGGCGCUCCCCUCGCCACUGUGGCCGUUGCUGCUACUGCUGCUGCUGCAGCUGGCAGGGGGCGCCUGGGCGGCUGCCCCCAGGGCGGGUAAAGGCCUCCGACCUGCCUUCCGCACCUUCACAGCCAGUGACUGGGGCCUCACCCACCUGGUGGUACACGAGCAGACGGGCGAGGUAUAUGUGGGCGCCGUGAACCGCAUCUACAAGCUGUCUGGGAAUCUUACACUGCUGCGUGCCCAUGUGACUGGGCCGGUGGAGGACAACGAGAAGUGCUACCCGCCGCCCAGCGUGCAGUCCUGUCCCCACGGCCUGGAGAGCACCGACAACGUCAACAAACUCCUGCUGCUGGACUAUGCCGCCAAUCGCCUGCUGGCCUGUGGCAGUGCCUCGCAGGGCAUCUGCCAGUUCCUGCGACUCGAUGACCUCUUCAAGCUGGGUGAACCACACCACCGCAAGGAGCACUAUCUAUCCAGUGUGCGGGAAGCGGGCAGCAUGGCGGGGGUGCUGAUCCCCGGACCCCCAGGCCAGGGCCAAGCUAAACUCUUCGUGGGCACUCCCAUCGACGGCAAAUCCGAGUACUUCCCCACGCUGUCCAGCCGCCGUCUCAUGGCCAACGAGGAGGACGCCGACAUGUUCGGCUUCGUGUACCAGGACGAGUUUGUGUCAUCGCAGCUCAAGAUCCCUUCGGACACGCUGUCCAAGUUCCCCGCCUUUGACAUCUAUUACGUGUACAGCUUCCGCAGCGAGCAGUUUGUUUACUACCUCACUCUGCAGCUGGACACUCAGCUGACCUCCCCCGAUGCCGCUGGCGAGCACUUCUUCACGUCUAAGAUUGUGCGGCUCUGCGUAGAUGACCCUAAGUUCUACUCGUAUGUCGAGUUCCCCAUCGGCUGCGAGCAGGCCGGCGUGGAGUACCGCCUGGUGCAGGAUGCCUACUUGAGCCGGCCAGGCCGGACCCUGGCUCGCCAGCUGGGCCUGGCCGAGAACGAGGACGUACUGUUCACCGUCUUCGCCCAGGGCCAGAAGAACCGGGUGAAGCCACCCCGGGAGUCGGUUCUGUGUCUCUUCACGCUGCGUGCCAUCAAGGAGAAGAUCAAGGAGCGUAUCCAGUCUUGCUACCGUGGAGAGGGCAAGCUCUCUCUGCCCUGGCUACUCAAUAAGGAGCUGGGCUGUAUUAACUCGCCCCUGCAGAUCGACGAUGACUUCUGCGGGCAGGACUUCAACCAGCCGCUGGGGGGCACGGUCCCCAUCGAGGGCACGCCGCUGUUCGUGGACAGGGAGGACGGGCUGAGCGCCGUGGCUGCCUACGCCUAUCGGGGUCGCACUGUGGUCUUCGCCGGCACACGAAGUGGCCGCAUCCGCAAGAUCCUGGUGGACUUGGCGAGCCCCGGCGGCAAGCCAGCCCUGGCCUAUGAGAGUGUGGUGGCUCAGGAGGGCAACCCCAUCCUGCGUGACCUGGUCCUCAGUCCUGAUCGCCAGUACCUGUACGCCAUGACAGAGAAGCAGGUGACACAGGUACCUGUGGAGAGCUGUGUGCAGUAUCCUUCUUGUGAGCUGUGCCUGGGGUCCCGGGACCCUCACUGUGGCUGGUGUGUCCUGCACAGCAUCUGCUCACGGCAGGAUGCGUGUGAAAGGGCGGAUGAGCCCCAGCGCUUCGCCUCCAACCUGCAGCAGUGUGUCCAGCUAACCGUGCAGCCACGCAAUGUCUCGGUUACCAUGUCCCAGGUCCCGCUUGUGCUGCAGGCCUGGAACGUUCCUGACCUUUCAGCCGGCAUCAACUGCUCCUUCGAGGACUUCACAGAAUCAGAGGGCAUCCUGGAGGGUGGACAGAUCCACUGCCGAUCCCCCACAGCCCGAGACGUGGCGCCCAUCACGCGGGGUCAGGGGGACCAGCGGGUGGUGAAGCUCUACCUGAAGUCCAAGGAGACGGGCAAGAAGUUUGCAUCUGUGGACUUUGUCUUUUACAACUGCAGUGUUCACCAGGCCUGCCUGUCUUGUGUCAAUGGCUCCUUCCCUUGUCACUGGUGCAAGUACCGCCACGUAUGCACACAUAACGCUGCUGACUGUGCCUUCCUGGAGGGCCGUGUCAACGUGUCCGAAGACUGCCCGCAGAUCCUGCCCUCCACGCAGAUCUAUGUGCCCGUGGGUGUGGUGAAGCCCAUCACACUGGCCGCCCGGAAUCUGCCACAGCCACAGUCAGGCCAGCGUGGCUACGAAUGUGUGUUCCACAUCCCCGGUGGCCCAGCCCGUGUCACUGCCCUGCGCUUUAACAGCUCCAGCCUGCAGUGCCAAAACUCCUCGUACUCCUAUGAGGGCAACGACAUCAGCGACCUGCCAGUGAACCUGUCAGUGGUGUGGAACGGCAACUUUGUCAUCGACAACCCGCAGAACAUUCAAGCUCACCUCUACAAGUGCCCAGCCCUGCGGGAGAGCUGUGGCCUAUGUCUCAAGGCCGACCCACGCUUUGAGUGUGGCUGGUGUGUGGCCGAGCGCCGCUGCUCCCUGCGACCCCACUGCCCUAUGGAUCCUCCGACCACCUGGAUGCAUGCCCGCCAUGGUAGCAGCCGCUGCACAGACCCCAAGAUCCAUAAGCUGUUUCCCGAGACGGGCCCCAGGCAGGGUGGCACCCGGCUUACCAUCACUGGAGAGAACCUGGGCCUGCGUUUUGAGGAUGUGCGUCUGGGCGUGCGCGUGGGCAAAGUGCUGUGCAACCCAGUGGAGAACGAGUACAUCAGUGCCGAGCAGAUCGUCUGUGAGAUCGGGGAUGCCAGCACUGUGAGGUCUCAUGAUGCCCUGGUGGAAGUGUGCGUACGGGACUGCUCACCCCACUAUCGGGCCCUGUCACCCAAGCGCUUCACCUUUGUGACACCAACCUUUUACCGCGUGAGCCCCGCUCGUGGGCCUCUGUCGGGGGGCACCUGGAUAGGCAUCGAGGGCAGCCACCUGAAUGCCGGGAGUGACGUGGCUGUGUCAAUCGGCGGCCGGCCCUGCACCUUCUCCUGGAGGAACUCCAGGGAAAUCCGCUGCCUGACACCCCCCGGCCAGAACCCCGGCAGUGCCCCCAUUGUUAUCAACAUCAACAGGGCUGAGCUCACCAACCCUGAGGUGAAGUACAACUACACCGAGGACCCCACUAUCCUCAAGAUCGACCCCGAGUGGAGCAUCAACAGCGGAGGGACUCUCCUGACGGUCACAGGUACCAACCUGGCCACCGUGCGUGAACCCCGCAUCCGGGCCAAGUAUGGCGGCAUCGAGAGGGAGAAUAGCUGCCUGGUGUACAACGACACCACCAUGGUGUGCCGUGCCCCAUCCGUGGACAACCCAACCCGCACACCCCCCGAACUGGGCGAGCGGCCCGACGAGCUGGGCUUCAUUAUGGACGAUGUGCGUGCCCUGCUGGUGCUCAACAGCUCGUCCUUUGUUUAUUAUCCGGACCCUGUGAUCGAGCCUCUCAGCCCUACUGGCCUCCUGGAGCUGAAGCCCAGCUCCCCUCUCAUUCUCAAGGGUCGGAACCUCCUUCCGCCUGCAUCCGGCAACUCGAGGCUCAACUAUACAGUGCUCAUUGGUUCUACACCUUGUGCCCUCACUGUAUCUGAGACGCAGCUGCUGUGCGAGUCGCCCAACCUCACCGGGCAGCACAAGGUCACGGUGCGGGCUGGGGGCUUCGAGUUCUCGCCUGGGAUGCUCCAGGUGUACUCCGACAGUCUGUUGACGCUGCCAGCCAUCGUGGGCAUCGGCGGCGGCGGGGGCCUCCUGCUGUUGGUCAUCGUGGCCGUGCUCAUUGCCUACAAACGCAAGUCCCGUGAUGCCGACCGAACCCUUAAGCGGCUGCAGCUGCAGAUGGACAACCUGGAGUCACGCGUGGCCCUGGAGUGCAAGGAAGCCUUUGCUGAACUGCAGACGGACAUCCAUGAGCUGACGAACGACCUGGAUGGUGCUGGCAUCCCGUUCCUCGACUACCGGACGUACGCCAUGCGGGUGCUCUUCCCUGGGAUCGAGGACCACCCCGUGCUCAAGGAGAUGGAGGGCCGGCUGCCCCUGCGGCGGUCUGAGCAGGCCCGUGUCCCCCGCCAGGUGCAGGCCAAUGUGGAGAAGUCGCUGACGUUGUUCGGGCAGCUGCUAACCAAGAAGCACUUCCUGCUGACCUUCAUUCGCACACUGGAGGCCCAGCGCAGCUUCUCCAUGCGGGACCGUGGCAACGUGGCCUCGCUCAUCAUGACGGCCCUCCAGGGUGAGAUGGAGUACGCCACAGGCGUGCUCAAACAGCUGCUAUCCGACCUCAUCGAGAAGAACCUGGAGAGCAAGAACCACCCCAAGCUGCUACUGAGAAGGACAGAGUCAGUGGCGGAGAAGAUGCUGACCAACUGGUUUACUUUCCUUCUGUACAAAUUCCUCAAGGAGUGUGCCGGGGAGCCACUCUUCAUGCUGUAUUGCGCCAUCAAGCAGCAGAUGGAGAAGGGUCCCAUCGACGCCAUCACGGGCGAAGCGCGCUACUCGCUGAGCGAGGACAAACUCAUCAGGCAGCAGAUUGACUACAAGACGCUGACCCUGAACUGUGUGAACCCCGAGAACGAGAAUGCCCCUGAGGUGCCGGUGAAGGGGCUGAACUGUGACACAGUGACACAGGUCAAGGAGAAGCUGCUGGAUGCUGUGUACAAGGGUGUCCCCUACUCACAGCGACCCAAGGCGGGGGACAUGGACCUGGAGUGGCGCCAGGGCCGCAUGGCCCGCAUAAUCCUGCAGGACGAGGACGUCACCACCAAGAUCGACAACGACUGGAAGAGACUGAACACACUGGCACACUACCAGGUGACAGAUGGGUCCUCCGUGGCGCUGGUCCCCAAGCAAACGUCGGCCUACAACAUCUCCAACUCCUCCACCUUCACCAAAUCCCUCAGCAGAUAUGAGAGCAUGCUGCGCACAGCCAGCAGCCCCGACAGCCUGCGCUCGCGCACACCCAUGAUCACGCCUGACCUGGAGAGUGGCACCAAGCUCUGGCACCUUGUGAAGAACCAUGACCACCUGGACCAACGAGAAGGCGAUCGGGGCAGCAAGAUGGUCUCGGAGAUCUACCUGACACGGCUGCUGGCCACCAAGGGCACUCUGCAGAAGUUCGUGGACGAUCUAUUUGAGACCAUCUUCAGCACGGCACAUCGGGGCUCGGCCCUGCCACUGGCCAUCAAGUACAUGUUUGACUUCUUGGAUGAACAGGCCGACCAGCACCAAAUCCAUGAUGCAGAUGUGCGCCACACCUGGAAGAGCAACUGCCUGCCCCUACGCUUCUGGGUGAACGUGAUCAAGAACCCCCAGUUUGUGUUUGACAUCCACAAGAGCAGCAUCACGGAUGCCUGCCUGUCGGUGGUGGCGCAGACCUUCAUGGACUCCUGCUCCACAUCUGAGCACAAGCUGGGCAAGGACUCACCCUCCAACAAGCUGCUCUAUGCCAAGGACAUCCCCAACUACAAGAGCUGGGUGGAGAGGUAUUAUGCUGACAUCGCCAAGAUGCCCGCCAUCAGCGACCAGGACAUGAGCGCCUACCUGGCUGAACAAUCGCGGCUUCACCUGAGUCAGUUUAACAGCAUGAGCGCCUUGCACGAGAUCUACUCCUACAUCACCAAGUACAAGGAUGAGAUCUUGACGGCCCUGGAGAAGGACGAACAGGCGCGACGGCAGCGGCUCCGGAGCAAGCUGGAGCAGGUGGUGGACACCAUGGCCCUGAGCAGCUGAGUCGGUGACAGACGGUGACUGCCCAGCAGAGACCAGUGAGGGCCCAGGGUGGGCUCUGUCGCCUGGAGCUGGCAGGUCCUGGGAGGCCGCUGUGCACUGGGGCCCCCCUUCUGCCCUGUGGGGGUCCCUGUUCUCAGGUGCCGCUGACAGGCUGCCAAGGCGCUGCUCUCCCUGCCCAGAGCCACACACAGUGGCCUAGGGGAGCCUGGGCUCACUGGGGCCUUUGAGAGAGAAUGGGGUGACUGCUGAGGGACUCGGCAGGAAGGCUGGAACCCUCGGGGACGAAGGGAAGCCGGUCUUUGUCCAAGAGGCCAGGAGGGCCAGGACCAAGGUGGGGCAAUGCCUGCAGGUGCCAGCUUCCUGUGCAGAGACCGAGGACCGGAGAGGAUCCUGCCAGCCACUGCAGGGGCUGCCCAGCAUGGCCCAGUUGGCUUCGUCGGGCCCCCCAACUCUGCACCGCCACCAUCCUCUCCAAUUCACCGCGUGCUCUCGCGGCCAGGGCCAGAGCUUGAGCGCACACCAUGGUGCCCUCACCCUAAGAGAGACCCCAGCUCCCUCCUGUGGAGGGGACGGGCUGCAGGACCACCGCUCACUGCCCUGUGUGACUUCCGGAAGGACUCUCAACCCCUCACCUUCUGUCCUCAGGACUGUGCCUCUGGGAGCCACUGGGGCCAUGGGCUCCUUCGUGAGCGCACGUCCCUGUUAUUUAUUCCCCUGCACCCCAGUCUGCUCCAGGGCAGCCCCGCUGAGCCCCGAGCGCUGGGAGCACCCCCCUGCCCUCCUCCUGCCUCCGCCACUGAGCCCCCUCCAUCCUGACCCCUCACCCCUUUCCAGUGACUUCUACUCAAGCAUCAGCCAUGUGCUGACCCAGGAGUGGUGGGACAUCUGGGGACUGAAUUUUUUAAGAGGGAUCAAGAAGUCCUGCUGUUCUGUGCACAUGGGCAGCCAGGGCUUAACACCCCCCUCCCAGAUUUCGCCCCCCUCCUUUCCUCACCCCAAUUCCCCAACCUCGCCUCUGGGGGCCUGGCUGGCUGGAAGGCGCAGCUGGGCACAGGGACCCAGAGUGGGAUGCUGUCUUUGGGGAGCAAGAGAAAACACAUUUUUAACAAAAAAAAAAUUUUACCCUGUACAUAUUAUGCAUAUAUAUAUAUCCAUAUAUAUAUGUGUGGCCUCAGUCUCCAGCCCCAGUGGGGUCCUGUAUAGUUAACUGGAGGAGAAGACGUUCGAAAAAAGAAAAACACAUUAGAAUCAGAGAA